AAUGUUCUCCAUCAGUACAGGGCAUUACAAAGUUAAAGUCAUCCCGUACCUAAGGGACUUAUGGCUGUCAUUUGUAGCAGCGAGGCGGAUAACCAAGGAAGAAUUUGUGAAUACAAACAUGGCAUUUUACAGUCGUUCCGAAGAGGAAUUCAAAGCACCAUUUUUGUAUGAAAACUCCAAAGUUUUGGAGGCGGGAUUAGAGUUUGUAUCGAUCGAGAUAAAGGAAACCUACUUUGACUCCAAUUUGAAGUCGGAGACAGAUGAAUCCUCAGUCACAGAUGAUGAACAACUUAGUGUGGCCCGCAAAGCAAGAAGGUAUGUUAACGUGUUCCGAGCAUGGGCCGAAGCCGUCUUCAUGUCCGGGCUGAAUGGAUGCCGAUCAGAAAAGGAAAAGGUAGCCAUUGUGAACGCUUUAUUUGGCCAGUUUGAAGAGGAUGUUACUCGCAAUCCACAGGAUUUCGGUUAUGACAUGAUUGUUGCAUAUAUAGAUAUUGUCAAAUCAAAACCAAUAAAUGGGGCAAACAGUGAGGAGACCAACUGCAUUGUUACAUAAUGUUUAUGUGCAGUUUAUAUAGCAUGUGUGCGCUUAGCUUGAGAUGCAUACACUGCGUAAACGACAUGUCAUGAGACAUGCCCGUACGUUGAAUGAAUUAAUGGGUAUUUGGGUCUGGAAAAAAGAAGAUCAAUAACCUCAGUAAUACAUGUAUGUUAACGCAAAGGAUAGGCCAGUAUUAUGUAGUUAUACAUUUGAAAUACCUCGUACAUCUACUUUAUAUAUAGAAAGUAACAUUUAAAAUUAAAACAGUUUUUUCAGAAAGUACCGUUUUUUUAUAUUGUCAAUUUUGUCUUAAUACUUCCCCUUAGAAUGUUGAUGAAUUUCAGGAAAUGUUAGAUAGACAAUUUAAUAGGUUACUAACAAUACAGCAUUUAUUUCGUGCAAACGUUGAGGCACAAAGAUUAAUAAAAUUAUUUGAUAUGAUAUUUUAUUAUAUAUUACAAUAGCUGACUGUAACAUUUACCUUUCGUUUACAGAUGUGCCGAACACCUGUUUAAGUGCACUAUGGCUUACAUUGAGUCGUUUUGGUUCAACAAAUGCGUAACACAUUCAUGUCAAUCAAAAUGAUUUUCGAUUCUUAUAU